AUGGUUCCCCCUACCGAUAUCUCAUACAAUCCUUCUCGGAGCAAUGCUCCCUCUUCAUCACUUCCAGAGCACAUGCAUGGCCUCAUCGACCUUGCCACUCUCGCCGAUAUGAACCGGUUCCUCGGUGAGAGCCUUUCACAGGAUGACCUCGCCUUGGCUGGCUGGAUAAAAGAAAACUUCCUCUACGAGCCUCUGCAGCAAACCAGCAGGCCCGUUCGUACACCAGAAGGCUUCAACAAACUUGACCAUGCCUAUCGACGCGUGCGAUCACUCACCAACAAGGUCCAAGACAAGUGGCCCUUCUUUGACCAAAACUUCAAGGCCAUGUCUACGAGUACCGUACGAAACAAUUCUCGUGGUGAGAUCUCACCGGGCGUCAUGUUCCAGCACAAGCAUGGCGCAGCGCAAGUAAACGGUGGCAAUCCUACGAACGCUUCGCCGACACCUGAGCUACAAGUGCCAUUUGGUGCGCAUCAGCUGGGCCGAAAUCGUUUCCAAAGGAAAGACCCCGUGGACUUCUCUGAACAUGAGCUUGCCCCACCUCCUUCGAAACUGUUGACCCCACCAAAGUCGUCACCAGAGAAAGUAGGCCAGUUUACUUCCUCAAGUUCGAGUCCGUCUCUGCAGUCAACUACAGUGGAUCCCACCAAGUUUGUCGGCCUGAUACAGUAUACUGAUAUGAUUUACAAUCCCUCUAGACAACCUAGUUCCCAACCGGAGGCAGUAAUUCUGGACGGCAAACAGAUUGCCUGUGACGCGUCCCAUGAUAUUGUACCCAUACAGACAGACAAUGACCCCGAGCGUAACACCAAUGAUUUGCGCGCGGCAGGAGUCGGAUCAGAUUUGACGGCACUGCGUAACCCUAAUGUUGGCAAUAUCCGCGCAAAAUCUAAGUCUAUCAUGGGAACAAAAGCUAGGCCAGCGACAACACCCUCAUCUGUCUCCAUUCCCGCGAACAGCUAUGACUCCAUGCCUACUGUCCAAUCACCAUAUAAUCCAUUCAAAACCGAAUAUAUUGAGAAUAACGAGGCGACAGGGCUCCCUUUCUUGGGCCUAACCCUGGUUGUUCACGAUGAGGAGACGGCCGAUGUUGUCGUCAAACCUGAAAAGCCACGAGUUCGAUUCAGUGAUGUCAUAUCCGAAGAUUCCUCUUCUUCCUAUUCACUCGCUGUCGAAUCAGAUCCUGUAGUCUCCAACCUCGACAGGCUUCCUCCAAAAUCACUUAGGCGUGCUAUCAAACGCAAGAGCAUGUCGAGCUCCCAGACCAUAUCCCGCAAACGAGCUCGAUCGUCCAAAUUAGGAGACGCGUCUGUCGCAUUUGGGAGAGAUGCUACAAUCGGUGCUGAUAUCGCGCAAGAAGAUGAAAAGAUUGGUGUCAUAACUCGCCGUAGCACACGACGCUCUGUCGCUGCAGAAAAUGACAUGAGAACGAUUGCGAAGAUCAAAAAAACUAAAGACGAGCCUGACAGGAAUAAUGAAGAACCCAAGUUUGAAGACGAAGAUGCUACGAUGGUUGAUGUCGAGGCGGAACGUUCAACGACAGGUCAGGAGAAGCUGACGCCAAUCUCCAGUCUCAAGGCGAGUAAGGCCCUACCAAAGGUUGUCCCUAGAUCGACUUCGCAGCCGAGCGUGCCUGAAGCAUCAAUUCCUGUCGACAAGUCAGCCUCUAGGAUUUUUGCCCCCGGGUUGCAAAUGUCUCCCACACAAGAGACCGCAAGCAGCUUCACACAAGUGCCGCAGCUUCACACCCCGCCUUCAAUUGCCAUUGAUGUCCAGCAAACCGUACCCACCAAGUCAGAAGUAGGCAAAGUUGAGUACUUCGCUCGUGUCCACACCACGACUGGACCCAGGGAAAUCUCCAUAUCUGCAGACAAGAUCAAGGAUGAAGACAAACAGCUCUUGAAGAAGUACGCUGUAUUUGUAUCAAAGAAGGAAUCAGCGGUUAUUGAUUUCGAUGUGUACCGUGAGAUCUACGUGUCUGCGAACAUGGAUGCUACCAAGAGCCUGUUUUGCUGCUACUACAACGGGGACUUUUGGCCUUUUUUCUUCUUGGCCAUCACCAAGGUGGCCAAAGUUGCAUAG